AUGGCCAAACUUCCACUCUCUCUCUUCCUCUUUCUCACAGCUCUAUCCUCUGCUGACUCAGCAACAACCCUCCACCUGUCGGCCCCACAAUCUCCUACUCCUACACUGUCUUUCUUCAUGCAUGAUAUUAUGGGUGGAUCACACCCAUCAGCAAGAACGGUCACCGGAGCAACACCCAAGUCCAAGGCGGCGGAGCCCUCCUCCGGCCUCCCAUUCUCCAAGCCCAAAAACAACAAUUUCCCUAUCCCCGGCGGUGUCCCGCUGAUAACCACCAUCAAGAAGCCGGAGUUUGUCGUGUUUGGGUCGCUCACGGCCAUCGACGACGAGGUGACUGACGGUGAGGAGCUGGGAUCGGCUGUUGUUGGUAGAGCUCAAGGCUUCUACUUUGUUAGCAGCUUGGAUGGUUCUAGCCAUACCGUUGCAUUCACGGUGAUCUUACGUAGACAUAACGACGACGACGAUGACCAGGACACAAUAAGCUUCUUUGGGGUCCACCGGAGAGGGUCGCCGGAGUCCCCAAUUGCGGUGGUUGGUGGGACCGGAAAGUAUGAGAAGGCUGGUGGGUUUGCGGUGAUUGAGAACCUCCGCCGUCGGGAGAGUCAACAUUUGACCGACGGAGUGGAUACAAUUGUCCACGUCAGCGUUUACCUCUCUAAUUAA